AUGAGUGAGCUGAAAAAGUCAGUGGGUCCUUUUUACCAUCAUCCAAACCCCUAAAUAUUACUGAUCCCCCUUUACUCAGAAUAAUUAAUAAAUGUGUAUUAUGUGAACACACAGGUCUCUGUACACUUGUUAUGUUUCCCAAUAAGAAACCAAAAAUAUAGUCGCUAAACAGCGAUAGAGAACUAACAAAUGAGAACGAAACAGGUGGGGUUUUAAAAUGGGUUCUCAAGGGACACACUCUUUUCACGCCACAUCGAUACAGCUACGACCGGAAGUGAUUUUCGUAGCAGGUUAGGAGAGCAUUUUUGCUAACCCUAACCCUUUUCCUAACCUUAACCACAUUUUCCUAACCUGCUACGUUAAUUAUCCUAACCUGCUGCGUAAGUUCUCCUGACCUGCUACGAAAAAGUCACUUCUGGUCGUAGCUGCAUCGAAGUGGUGUGAAAAGAGUGUUUCUCUGGUUCUCAAAGACACGCAUGGGGGUGUCCACUGAAAGUUGACUAGCAACAAGAAACUGGGUUCUAAAAGACACCCACCAUGAGGACCCAUUUAAAUUUGUCCCAGAAAAGGCAAACCAAAAUAAAAACCCUCACCAACUUAUAAUAUGGAGUUAAAAGUACAGUGGGGAAAAAAAAGUAUUUAGUCAGCCACCAAUUGUGCAAGUUCUCCCACUUAAAAAGAUGAGAGAGGCCUGUAAUUUUCAUCAUAGGUACACGUCAACUAUGACAGACAAAAUGAGAUUUUUUUCUCUCCAGAAAAUCACAUUGUAGGAUUUUUAAUGAAUUUAUUUGCAAAUUAUGGUGGAAAAUAAGUAUUUGGUCAAUAACAAAAGUUUCUCAAUACUUUGUUAUAUACCCUUUGUUGGCAAUGACACAGGUCAAACGUUUUCUGUAAGUCUUCACAAGGUUUUCACACACUGUUGCUGGUAUUUUGGCCCAUUCCUCCAUGCAGAGCUCCUCUAGAGCAGUGAUGUUUUGGGGCUGUCGCUGGGCAACACGGACUUUCAACUCCAUCCAAAGAUUUUCUAUGGGGUUGAGAUCUGGAGACUGGCUAGGCCACUCCAGGACCUUGAAAGGCUUCUUACGAAGCCACUCCUUCAUUGCCCGGGCGGUGUGUUUGGGAUCAUUGUCAUGCUGAAAGACCCAGCCACGUUUCAUCUUCAAUGCCCUUGCUGAUGGAAGGAGGUUUUCACUCAGAAUCUCACGAUACAUGGCCCCAUUCAUUCUUUCCUUUACACGGAUCAGUCGUCCUGGUCCCUUUGCAGAAAAACAGCCCCAAAGCAUGACGUUUCCACCCCCAUGCUUCACAGUAGGUAUGGUGUUCUUUGGAUGCAACUCAGAAUUCUUUGUCCUCCAAACACGACGAGUGUUAGUUUCAUCUGACCAUAUGACAUUCUCCCAAUCCUCUUCUGGAUCAUCCAAAUGCACUCUAGCAAACUUCAGACGGGCCUGGACAUAUACUGGCUUAAGCAGGGGGACACGUCUGGCACUGCAGGAUUUGAGUCCCUGGCGGCGUAGUGUGUUACUGAUGGUAGGCUUUGUUACUUUGGUCCCAGCUCUCUGCAGGUCAUUCACUAGGUCCCCCCGUGUGGUUCUGGGAUUUUUGCUCACUGUUCUUGUGAUCAUUUUGACCCCACGGGGUGAGAUCUUGCGAGGAGCCCCAGAUCGAGGGAGAUUAUCAGUGGUCUUGUAUGUCUUCCAUUUACUAAUAAUUGCUCCCACAGUUGAUUUCUUCAAACCAAGCUGCUUACCUAUUGCAGAUUCAGUCUUCCCAGCCUGGUGCAGGUCUACAAUUUUGUUUCUGGUGUCCUUUGACAGCUCUUUGGUCUUGGACAUAGUGGAGUUUGGAGUGUGACUGUUUGAGGUUGUGGACAGGUGUCUUUUAUACUGAUAACAAGUUCAAACAGGUGCCAUUAAUACAGGUAACGAGUGGAGGACAGAGGAGCCUCUUAAAGAAGAAGUUACAGGUCUGUGAGAGCCAGAAAUCUUGCUUGUUUGUAGGUGACCAAAUACUUAUUUUCCACCAUAAUUUGCAAAUAAAUUCAUUAAAAAUCCUACAAUGUGAUUUUCUGGAUUUGUUUUCCUCAAUUUGUCUGUCAUAGUUGACGUGUACUUAUGAUGAAAAUUACAGGCCUCUCUCAUCUUUUUAAGUGGGAGAACUUGCACAAUUGGUGGCUGACUAAAUACUUUUUUCCCCCACUGUAAGUGGAGCUAACCAAAGGGUAGAACACUAGAUAAAAGGCUUUGUUUAUACAAACUUAAAGAAAAAAACAAAACUAUAUUUUGGUAUUUGUUUCAUUAGUCCAUUGUUGAUAUAGUCCCAAAUUGUUUUGCAUUUCAGCAAUCAAGUUUUCAAGAUAUAUAACUUCUAGAGAUAAAGCACCGAGCCAGGAGAACGAUAGGAGCUUAGCUAAUCAGAUAACAACUCUAAUUACUCCCUAGGCAUCAGCACCCAGAAAGUCAUUAGAGGGUUUGGGAACUAAUGCUCAAAGAUCAUUUUCUGUUUUUAUAUAGAAUCACAAGCCAAUACACUGAGUGUACAAAACAUUAGGAACACCUGCUCUUUCCAUGACAUAGACUGACCAGGUGAAUCCAGCUGAAAUCUAUGAUCCCUUAUUGAUGACACUUGUUAAAUCCACUUCAAUCAGUGUAGAUGAAGGGGAGGAGACAGGUUAAAGGAGGAUUUUUAAGCCUUGAGACAAUUGAGACAUGGAUUGUGUUUGUGUGCCAUUCAGAGGAUGAAUGGGCAAGACAAAAGAUUUAAGUGCCUUUGAACAGGGUAUGGUAGUAGGUGCCAGGCACACCGGUUAGUGUGUCAAGAACUGCAACACUGCUGGGUUCUUCACGCGCAACAGUUUCCCGUGUGUAUCAAGAAUGAUCCACCACCCAGCCAACUUGACACAACUGUGGGAAGCAUUGGAGUCAACAUGGGCCAGCAUCCCUGUCGAACGCUUUCGACACCUUGUAGAGUCCAUGCCCCGACGAAUUGAGGCUGUUCUGAGGGCAAAAGGGGGUGCACCUCAAUAUUAGGAAAGUGUUCCUAAUGUUUUGUCCACUCAGUGUAUUUCUCUUGUAUUAUAUAUAUCUUACUUUAAAGCUGUAAUUUUAUUACUGAUCUGCCAUAAUAACUUUGCAUGUAGACGCCACAUGGACUGGAGAGGACUUUGGACGUUGGCUAUUAACUUAUCUUUCAGGGACAUAAUCCAUUCAAAUAGUAAUGAUUGUUCUCAUCCUUUUUCCAGUAGAGAAAACAGAGCCAUGCUGAACAAAUUUAAAUGUAACCUGGUAUGCACAAAAAUAAUAAUAACAUUGUUAAACUUCUUACAGAGUAAUAAUAAUAUGUUGUUGGCCAUGACCAAUUAAAUGUUGUAUCAUGGUCUCUGUGUAUAAUCAGACCCAUGUAAAUUGACCUAAUGUCCUAGUCUUUGAGGAUUUCAGAGUAAUCAUGACAUUUAAGUCUUGAUGCUUUGGGGCUCAUUAAAUACACACAUGGUUAGCUACCUUGACAUGCUCUCUCUCUCUCUCUCUCUCUCUCUCUCUCUCUCUCUCUCUCUCUCUCUCUCUCUCUCUCUCUCUGACAUAGUUAAAAGGGCAAUCUGCAGUUGCUUCAUCCAUUUUAGGACUUCUGAAUUAAUUAAAUGUACCCAUUGAUUACUGAAGAAUAUAACUUAUAAAUGCCUCAUGAGCUUAGUUCAACUGUCGUACCCCAUCAGCACCCAAAAUAUAAACUUGUUUCACUCCAAUGUUUGUAAACAAAACAAAUGUAAGAAAAUAUGGUUAAAACUAUAAUUUUGAUAUAAUGCUUGGUCAGCCCCUGCAUCCUUAGCGCUGUCUAUGAAUUUGAAAGUGGUUACAUUUCUCCAGCCCUAUCCCUCAGCUUUUUUUUACCAAAGCAGGGGUGGGGAAGAUGCUUUGUUAUUGUUUUAACUGCUGAUUGCCUCUUUAAUUAUGAAGGCUCCAUUGAUCACUGGGACUAAGUGUGCUUUAUAAAGGUCAACUCCGCCAACGGCCCAUGCUUCACCAGUCAGAGUAAUACAUUAGCCAAGUGUUUUGUGAAUACUUCACACAUGUAGGCUACGCUUCACAAAGCAAAGUAAUCAAGAGAGAAGAGUAUUAAAAGGACAGCUGUUUCCACAGUGCCUUGCCGCUUUUACAAAGAACCAAAAUAACUUCACCGCAAUCACCAACUGAAGCCAUCCUACUGACCAUCUCUCACUAAUUACUAAACAGGGCUCAGCACCACGGACAGCACCAGCUCGCUGCACUCACAGCGCAGUAUGACUUUUGGUCAAGGCUCCGAGAUUAUUUAACCGAUUUAGGUUAAAAUAAAGAUAAGGGUAUAAUUUGAAAGUAUCUACAACAGAGCCUACUCACAUUAGAGGUUGGAUCGGUUAAAGAUGAGAGCACUGUAGGCUAGAGGAUGCUCUUUGGUAGCCUCGUACGAACCAUCUGGAUCUCGCGAGAUUGCAUUCUACGCUAUAGACAAAACACUUUCAAGUAGACUACCCUACGUGUCUCCUUCUUGGACUCGGAUGAACACCAGUCAGUCUUAAUUUGGGCCAUUCAGAAUAGACUAUGCACACCGGAACUCAUAGGACCUAAAUGAGAACACAAACCCCAAAGCCUAUGGAAAGUGUGUGCAGUGCCUGUGUAAAAAAUACUAGCGGCACAAUUACCUUAACACCUACCCUAAUACUGUAAGCCUAGGCCACUGAUGAGUUAUAUCAAUCAACUAUGUAGGCCACUCUUAACUGUUAUGUGAAUAGAUUGAAUGAGGUAAUGCGCGCUUUGUUCAAACAGAAUUGGCGUGUCCACCUGUCUCUCUUCGUGAACACACCCUCUCUCCUCUCAGUGCCCACUUGAGUUCGCUCGGAGUGAGGAUGAAGGUGCAGAACAUUCGGACCCUUUCUCUCAUCCUGUGUAUGAUAUCCUACCUGCUUGUGGGAGCCGCAGUGUUCGACGCCCUCGAGUCCGAGACCGAGAGCUUGAGGAAGAAAAUCCUGGAACAAAAGCGCAACGAGCUGAAGAAGAAGUACGGAUUCACUCAGGACGACUACCUGGAGAUCGAGAGAGUGGUUCUACAGUCGGAGCCCCAUCGCGCGGGGAGACAGUGGAAAUUUGCAGGAUCCUUUUACUUUGCCAUCAACGUUAUCACAACAAUUGGUAAGUUAUUUUGCUAAAUAUUUUCCAAGCAAGUAUUGGACUCUUUGUUUCUCGUUGUUGUAUGGGUUUCUUUGCUCUGUAAGUUAAACCAUGUAUACUCGUAUGACUAACCACAGCAAAUCUGUUUUUACAUGUAAAAAUAACAAUUUCCUCUAGCCUAGCCUACUCUUACGGGCGCUGAGUGACUAUGGUGCUGAACUCUGGUUUGAAUUAUUAGCGAAACUGGAAGUUAUAAAGGGUUGCUUUAAAGAGAUUACUGUUCUAGAGACUACUGUAAUAUAAUAUAUAUUAGUAUUUUUUAUUUUGGAAGAGCUACUGUGUUUGUCUGUGUGUCCAUGUACACACCCCUUACAAAAAAAGGUUGCAGUUUUGAAACUGCAAUAAAAGUGCAGUAACUGCAGUCGACUGUCCUGGUUGGACACAGUAAUUGCAGAAUAACUGCAGUCAUACUGCACUCUGACUGCAAUAUUUUGAUGUGUCUAUAACUAUGAUGUUCUGCAGGUUAUGGACAUGCUGCUCCAUGCACAGAUUCUGGCAAGGCAUUCUGCAUGUUCUAUGCUGUUCUGGGCAUCCCACUGACGCUGGUCAUGUUCCAGAGCAUGGGGGAGAGGAUCAACACGUUAGUCCGCUACCUCCUCUGCAGGCUCAAGCGGUGCAUGGGAUUACGGCGGACUGAUGUGUCCAUGGGGAACAUGGUGCUGGUGGGCCUCCUGUCCUGCAUGAGCACCCUCUGUGUUGGGGCAGCAGCCUUCUCCCACUUUGAAGGCUGGACCUUCUUCCAUGCCUACUACUAUUGCUUCAUCACGCUCACCACCAUCGGAUUUGGGGACUUUGUGGCCCUGCAGAAGAAGGAGGCCCUUCAGAGGAGGACUCCCUAUGUGGCCUUCAGCUUCAUGUACAUCCUGGUGGGGCUGGCAGUGAUCGGGGCUUUCCUGAACCUGGUGGUGCUGCGCUUCCUCACCUACAGCAUAGAGGAGGGAACCAGGAACCUGGAGGUGGAGGGAGAGGAGCAGGCAUCAGUGCCUAAGAGGACAUGGGGUUGGGAGGCAGUGGAGGAGGAGGCAGAUGUGGAAGCAUCAGCACGGGACAGAGCUGAUGGGAUGGAAUGGAAUGGAGCUGAGGACGGGCACAGUAGCCGCUGCAACUUCUCCCUUGCCAUGGAGGGAGGCACCAGUCGAACCAACCUCAUCCCCUCUCCAUCUGAGGAGCUCAGGGGGACCCCUGGGGUCAGCGAAUCUGCUAAGCACCCUGAGUCCUGCAUCAGCGCCCUCUGCUCCUGUAUGUGCUUCAGGCUGGGUGCCUGUGACAGCCCCUCUCCACCCCACUGUGAGCACUCAGGCUGCCACAGCAACCCUGUCUUCUACGACUCCAUCUCCUACAGGGUGGAUGAAGCCUCUUGCAGCUGCAGGGGCACCUCAGCCCAGUCCUCCCCCUGCAGCGGUGCCCUUUUCCUGGGGAUGAGCAGCCCUCACACACGGAGGAAGUCAGUGUAA